AUGAGUGGCAAAGGGGGGCACAAACAUUUUGCCAAACCCUAUGUGGACCCAUACCUUCUCUACAAGGCUUUUCACACACAUGAAGAGCUGCUCAAAAGCUUUGGAGCAUAUGAGACAGUCUCUAGGAGCCAAGCAACUGAUGCCAAAGGUCUCAUCCACUGUCUGCCACUUCUUGAAGACCUGCUGAAAAUUUCUCCUCCUGGGGAAAUUCACCCCAACCCCCUGAGACAAAGCAUCAUGAAACUGGUACAAGAGAAACCUGCAAUGAACCAAACCGACUGGAAUUGCCAAGUAUGGACAAACAUGAGGGCUGAGAGGGUGACAGUCAUUUUGCUACACUUGAGAAGGUUGAAAUCAGAAGAAGAAAUGAGAAAGUGUGUGGGGAAACUGACAGGAAAGGAUUGCCUCCAGCUUAAAAAAUUGGAGGAGCCUCUUGACAAAAGGGGUAUGGAGGAGGGAAAAGAAGAGGAGGGAGAGGAGGGAGAGGAGGAAGAGGAGGAAGAGGAGGAAGAGGACGAAGCCUUGUUGUGCAGCAUCCUUGCCAAAAGGAUGAAGAACAACAAAGGGAAAAAAGCUGGGUCAGGCACUGUGAGCAAUGCAAGAAGGGCCAGGUUUAGAGAAGCAGGAAUGAAAAGAGAGAAUGACACUAUGGAAAAAGAAGAUGAACACUCCAAGAAGGUUGACUGGGAGAAAGACAAGAGACAUGGCAACAAGAAACCACACCUGAUGUCAGCCUUGGAGAUCAAGUAUAACUUGGCCAGCAAAGAAGAGAAGGCAGAAUUGAAAAAGGACAUGGAAAAAGAAAAACAUGCAGCUUUUGACAAAAAAGCUGUCAAACCGGAGGAUGUGAAGGAAGCAGCUGUUGACAAAACAGUUGUAAAGGAGGAGCCCACAGCAGCAGAACAGAAAGAUGCCUUGACAAAAGGCAGUGAUGCACCAGAACAGAAAGAUGCCUUGACAAAAGGCAGUGAUGCACCAAAGACUUUUGGGCCAUCCAAAGAGCAACUUAAGAAAGGGAAGGAGCCUGAGAGGAAAAAAAAGCCACCAGUGCAAGAGGUUGUGGAUUGGUGUGCUUCUAGCUCCAGUGAGUAUGAGUACUACACUGAGACUGAAAGUGAAUCUGAGGAGUCACCCCCCAAGAAAAGCAGAAGCCAGUCACCCCUUGACAAAAGGGGUCAAAAAAAAUGGGUUCAAAAAGAAAGCCCACCCUUGGCUCUGCAAGAAGCUGAAAAGGUCGCAGUGGAUUGGCACCACACCCUGGAAUGGCAUGACAAUGUGUCCCCACAAAACAUCAGGGCCUUGGAUGCUUUGAAAGAUGCUGGGUACCAGGUCUACCUUUGCAGUUUCUCAGGGUGGGACAGAGCCCAAGAAACCAAGAGACUGAGCUGGAAGGUAUGGCAGGGCUGGGAAAAGCAAAUCUACACAACAGAGAAGACUGGAAACUAUGGAAAAGCACAGGCCUGCUAUUACCACAACAUCAAAACCGUCUUUGAUGACACCUGGGAGGCAAAAGGUAAAAAACAGAAAAGCACCUUGACAAAAGGUGACCUUGCCAAGCUUGGCAAACUGAGUUUGGAUGAGAGAGUGAAAAAAGUGAGUGAGGAAAACCCGUCUCCAGAGGAAGCUGCCUUGGCCUUGAAAGAUUCCUUGACAAAAGAUGAAUCUGCCAAGAUGUGGUCAAAACACCAGACAUAUUUGAAAGCCAAGCCAGAAGAGAGAUCAGCCCAUGAGCAACUCACAAAAAAGGAAAAAGGGCUUGAGGUAGUCCUUUGGUUUCUCAAGCACAAGAAAGGUAUGUUCUUCCACACAGAAGCUUCCAAAGAAGCAAGUGAAACCUUGACAAAAGGUGAGAAAUGGGUCAGUGAGAUGAAAAUGCUGCAAGAAUUCAGCCAGGAAGAGUUCACCAUGCACUUGAACAGUGGCAGGAUUCUUUGGAGGUCUGACCCAUGGACACCUGGAGUGUACAAUUAUUGCGACCAAGGAGACCAAAGCAAACAAACAGUAUUGAAAAGGAAAAACAAAGUGACAGCAGGCCAGGAAAGGGAAUUGGAAACAGAAGAAGAUGAAAAGGAGUUUUUGGCCUUUUGGGGCAAGGGGGCUUUGGCCAGCAUGCAAGAAGCUGAGGUUGCUUUCAAAGGCCAAGGUGCCUUGACAAAAGGCAAAAAAGAUACCUUGCCAAAAGGUAAGGGAAAAGGAAUGGCCAAAAGCUUGCUGGCCCUUACAAAUGGUGAAGAUGAGAAUAGCAAAGAUGAAGAUAAGGACAAGAAAACACCAGAAGAAGAAUGGGCUGACUGCUUGACAAAAGCACAAAAGAGCAAAGAACAGCUGAGGGUGGCCAUGGCCAAUUUGCAAGAAGCUUUGGAUGCUGCCACUGCAGCAGGCAGAACUUCCAAGCAGGACAGGAAAGAUGCCACCUUAGCUUUGAAAGAAGCCCAGGAGUGGGAGCAAAAGCUCAAGGCAAUAACAAGCAAAAGCAAGGGAGGCAAUGUGGAGUCAGCAAAGCAAAACAUCAUAG